UUACACCAACCAAAGGGUCGUUUUUUGGUCUUUUUUUACUUAUUGUAUUGGCGUGGCUGUGCUCACUCUCUCUACAUGCUUUUUCCAUUGAAUAAUUUUUUUUCUUUAUUCAAUCCUCUUCCUACCCAAUUCAGAGAGCGCAAGAUUCACAAAAUAAUCAUCGAAUCGGAUAUUGCAUAAUAUCAGUGGUAUCAGCUGAAGAGUGUUAGCAUAUUUGAUUCAUAUACACUUUGGAAAGCAUUUCUCAGAUGAAUACACUGAAGUAUCUGGGGGCACGCAGGAGUCAGCUCUGUGUUGUCAGAAACUACCUUAAAGCACUGGGUUUUUCCUCUCUUCACACAGCUCCAAACUCCUCUAUAGAACUUCAAACUCAAGAUGAAGAAGUAGUGAUUGCUUUGGGAAGUAAUGUAGGUGAUAGAGUCCAUAAUUUCAAGGAAGCCUUGAAAUUGAUGAGGAACUCAGGCAUACACAUCACAAGACAUGCAUGUCUGUAUGAAACAGCACCAGCGUAUGUUACUGACCAACCUCGCUUUAUCAACUCUGCAGUAAGAGCCAUUACUAAACUCGGUCCACAUGAAUUAUUGGCUGCACUCAAAAGAAUCGAGAAGGACUUGGGCCGUACUGUUGGUAUAAGGUAUGGUCCAAGGCCAAUUGACUUAGAUAUUUUAUUCUAUGGUAAAUUUAAAGUCAGAUCUGAUAUUCUUACGAUACCUCAUGAAAGAAUUUGGGAACGACCGUUUGUUAUGGCCCCUUUGAUGGAUUUACUCGGAACAGCUAUUGACAGUGAUACAGCAGCUAGCUGGCAUUCAUUUUCAGGCCAUUCUGGUGGAUUAUCUGCUGUAUGGGAAAAAUUAGGUGGUGAAUCCCUUAUCGGAGAGGAAGGUAUGUAUAGGGUAAUGCCUGUUGCAAAUGGCUUGCUUGACUGGUCGCAGAAAACAUUGGUCAUGGGAAUCCUUAAUUUGACUCCAGAUAGUUUUAGUGAUGGGGGAAAUUUCCAGUCUGUGAAGUCUGCUGUUUUGCAGGCUCGGUUAAUGAUAUCAGAGGGUGCUGAUAUAAUUGAUAUUGGUGCUCAGUCUACUCGGCCGAUGGCACCAAGGAUCUCUGUUGAAGAUGAAUUAGGUAGAUUACUCCCUGUCCUGGAAGCUGUAUCAUCGUUACCUGAGGUAAAAGGAAAACUCAUAUCUGUUGAUACUUUCUACUCUGAAGUUGCAUCAGAGGCAGUGCGUAGAGGGGCUCAUCUUAUAAAUGACGUAUCCGCUGGGAAAUUAGAUAAAAAUAUGUUUAAGGUCAUGGCAGAUCUUGAUGUUCCUUAUGUUGCAAUGCACAUGAGGGGUGAUCCGUGUACAAUGCAGAAUAGCGAAAACCUGAAAUAUGAUAAUGUUUGCAAGGAUAUAUCCUCGGAAUUAUACUCCCGUGUUAGAGAGGCAGAAAUGGCGGGAAUCCCAGCAUGGAGGAUUAUUAUGGACCCUGGAAUUGGAUUCUCAAAGAAAACUGAAGACAAUUUAGAGGUCCUCACUGGAAUACCCGAUAUCAGGGCAGAUAUUUCGGAAAGAAGUUUGGGCAUCUCUCAUGCUCCUAUACUAAUUGGACCUUCAAGAAAGAGAUUUUUAGGUGAAAUAUGCUCUCGCCCUUCUGCGGUUGAGAGGGAUCCUGCUACCGUUGCUUCUGUCACUGCCGGUGUGUUGUGUGGAGCUAAUAUCGUUCGAGUGCAUAAUGUCAAAGAUAACCUUGAUGCUGUGAAGCUUUGUGAUGCAAUGCGAAGACAAAAAAGUUUUCCCAUGAAAUUUAGAGAGUGAAUCUGUCUUGCCAUGACAGUUUUGUUACUGAUAUGAUUUUGACAUGCUACCUUCUAGUCUAUGUAUUUGGCUUCAUGCUUCAAAUCUAUUACUGUUCUUUUCCAUGUCUCACUCACUGCUACUCCAGUGUCAUAUAUAGAACACUGUAAUGCUGCCACUGCCAGAGCAAAGAAGCAUGAAGUACAUUGAGUUGAAGGACAUGAAGAAUGAGAAUAAAGUUGACAUUACGCAUCAUUCAAUAUUCAGCAUCCCAUUUUUGAAUAUUAAACUUUAUGUCUCGUAGUUAUUUCAUUCUUUGUCAUGUAUUUAAUUCACAGAUCAGAUUAUAUUUCAACAUUUCACUUGUAACUUAUUGAUUCACAGAUUUUUGUCAUUUGCAACAACUGAUCAAUCCUACUUAUUAUCAUCCAA